AUGAGAGCCUCGCUUGCCUUUCUUUGGAUCUUUGCCAUUUUCCCCCGCAUUGCUGUUGCAGUGACGGGCGGCUCCCAACUCGCGCACAACUAUGAAGCGAUUUACUUCUAUUACGGUUAUUUGGCCGACGUCGCCAUCAAUGGAGAUCUUCGCACCCUAGGUGUUAAGUGCAGCCCAACGUCUGGUACUGUCUGUACCUUCUUGGAGUUCAUCAGAAGCAUCGAGAGCGAUUUUGAUGCCGCGGUCCUACCCAAGGACAACGAGCUACCACCCGAGGACAGCAAGCUAGGAGCGACAACAACUAGGCCAGGAGAUUUGAAAGAACUGGCCACUGCGAUGACUAGAUGGAAAUAUAAUAGAUAUGUCGCCGAUAAUUUGGUUUCAGGCGGCAAGCAACGGCACAGUGAAGUCCUCUUUAGGACGACCGAGAUCCUCAUCAACGCGCGUGACAACCACCCGACUGUUCUGGCGGGAGAUCUUCUUGAACGAGCCAAGAAAGCGCUAGUGUAUGUUCAGGCAGAGCGCGAGACUGACAGCCUCCAAGAUAAGAAGAAAUUCUUUACUGCGGAGUUUGCAAAAUUGGUGAUUGUGGAGAAAACUGUUGGGUUGGAGAAUGAGUUGGUCUCAUUCCAGGACAUCGAUUGGCAACAAUCAGCGGUGGAAACCGCUUCGAAGUACGGAGGAUCACAGCAAGGUUUUUUGGAAGGAUUUGAGGAUUUUGCCCGGCAUAUGACUGGGAAUCCCAAUAUCCCAACCCAAUUCCGGGAACAUACGUUGAUUCUGCAGAGCAUCCGCACGCAGUCCGAUUCAUUGGGGAGUGUUGAAAGCUGCAGAGCGAUUGGGUAG